AUGAAGGGCGAUCUCAAAUGGCUUGCAAGCACGUGCGACCCGAGCGAUGGCAGAACCUACUUGUCGUUUGGUUCGAGCCACUACUUGAAUGUUUACGAUGACUCUGCCUGGCAUGAUUCCGAGGAGUCGCUGCAGGAUUUCCUUGCAACCAUGAACAACUUGCAGUUUCCGUCGCCUAUCCUAAAUGUCUCCGGCUUCAGCAACAGACUUAUCUGGGAUGAUUCUCUGCACGUGGCAUACAGAGGAUUUGCCGCAGAUGUCUGUGGCUCCAUGGUGGCUGAUAUGUUUGGGAAACAAGGAGCACUGCUUUCAAAAGCAGGUGACAUGCUGCAUUCCUGGGCACGGGCCAACGGCCAUGAACUUGCAAUGGAUGAGUUCAGCUUCAGCGACGACUAUCCAAGUCUGAAUGCGAAGGGCUGGGAUAUCAAGCUCGCAGAGAUCACACCUGCUUUUGCUCGCUCUGCAGCAGCUGCUCGGCGACGAGAGCAUGCAUACGUGAUGUCGAUGACCGCUCGAGCUUUGGCCGUGACUAUCGAGAUCUUGGAUGCUAGCAUUUAUGCAAUAUCCCGCGAGAAUGCUGUUCGUGGCCAGCGGGCAUGCAAACGGUUCAUUCUUGGAUAUAGCUGGCUGGCCUAUGAUAGCUACCUGGAGCAGAAGCGGCUCUACAAGCUUCGGCCGAAGAGACUUAAGUCGCAAGAAAGAUCGAUGUAG